AUGCCUUCGCGGUUGAUCGAAAUCCACACUGAUACGACUGGGCAUAAGCUGAAGCUGAUCGCCACGGAUAGCGAUCAGCCAAAGCCUUAUGCCACUUCAAGUUACUGCUGGGGUGGUAACCAGCCGCUUCAGUCGGCCAAGGCUCUCGUUCACCUGUGGAUGACCGACAUACCGUGGCAACGGCUCCCCAAAACGCUUCAAGACGCCAUUACCGUUUGCUCUCCACUAGGGAUUUUCUCCCUGUGGGUUGACUGCUUCUGCAUCAUUCAAGACGACGAGACCGAUAAGGCUAUACAGAUAGCUCGGAUGCCCGAUAUCUAUCAAAGUUCGGCCCUCACGAUUGCUGCAGUCUGCGCGGCCAGCGUCCUUGAUGGUUUUCUAGACGAACGAAGAGCGACAAACGUCCUGGAGCAGGCUUUCGAACUGCCGGUGGUCUGCCACAACGGAGAAAUGGGCUCGAUCACACUUAUCAAGGCUAUCAAUUAUCAUAAGCCAGAGCCUCUCGACCUGCGAGGAUGGACCCUGCAGGAACGACUGCUCUCUACCAGAAUUCUGGAGUUUGGCCGGAAAACGAUAAGCUGGACUUGCAAAUCAGGCAAACAAGUCCUUUCCGACGCCUGGAACGACAAGCUCGUGGACGGCAAUUAUCAGCUGGACAAGCUCCACAAACAAUUUGACAAAUUAUCUGCGGUCCGCCGCCGGGACGGCCGGGAGCAUUUCCAAACAGCGAUGCGCUACUGGAACGAUCUAUUGGAGGUUUAUACCAAGCGGAAGCUCAGCGUUCCAACAGACAGGAUCAUGGCCAUCUCCGGCAUCGCUCAGCGGUAUGGAGCUGCAUGUGGAGGUGAGUAUUUGGCAGGACUGUGGAAAGACGCCCUUCCGAAUGCCCUCCUGUGGGGACGCGAAGGAGAGAUGCGUUCGAGGCCGGAGCAGUGGCAAGGGCCGUCAUGGUCCUGGACCUCGAUCAAC